AUGGCUGUCCUCCGCAAGGAUAGCAAAAGCGAACAACCUGUCCGCCAGACGAUUGACCUCUCUCCGGCAGAGAUGGCUAUGCGCAAGUGCCAAUUGAUCGGCAAGACUCUGGAAACCCUCAAAGCUGUCAUCUUGAUCGGUGACCCCUAUCCUUCCCCCAACGGUGAUCUCCCAAUCAACAACGAAGGUGCCAAUUACCUGGUCCGCUCCCUCUUAAGUCGACUCCACGAUGCUGGCUACCCAAUUACGCAGCUGGAGACAAACUACCGAUGCCACUCCACUAUCUUGGAGUUGUUUAAUGAGAUACUUUACGCAAAGUCGCUUGCACUGGGAUCGCGUAACGAUGAUUUGGAGCGUGGCCUCGCAGGAGUCCGGCGAAUGUUCAUUAGUGUGCCCGGCUUAGCGGAGAAGACUGAGGGUGAAACCUCCUGGGUGAAUUAUGCCCAGGUUCGAACUUUGGUCGAUACUCUGAGAAGCCUUUACCGCUUCCGAGCCCCGUCAGGCGACCAAGUGCAAGGGCAAGACGUCAUUAUCAUCACGCCGUAUCGUGCGCAGCGGAAUCUAGUAAAAUGUGUCCUGGACAACGAGCAGCUUGCCCACCAAGAUGUUCUCACCGUCGACGCUGCGCAAGGCCGAGAAGCCCCUGUUGUCCCGGGCCCGGAGGGACAGCCUGUCGCUACUUCCAGACUGCCGGCACGUUCGACCGCAACAACAAGGCCCGAAAACGGCAGGAGGUGCAUAUGCUCCCGCCUCGCCCCCCCAGCACCUUUGCCACACCGCAGCCAAAUCCAGCGCGGUCAACUCCCCGCACCAGCGGAUCCCGAGGAAGAGAGAUUGCUCCUACACAUGGCGGAAUUGCAGGUAGAUAUCCAUGCCCAAGAGAAUCGAGCGGCGAUUGCAUCACGCGACAGAAGCCAAGCCGAGUUGGAAGCUGUACAGCUUCGGUUGGAUAGCUACCGUCGGGAACGAGAGAGGAGAAAUGAUCGGGAACGGUCACGCAGUCCGCGUAAGAAACGCUGA